UCCCUUGCCACUGCAGUCGGCUCUCAUCCAGCGCCAUAACUGUUAUGACAGCAUGUGCAGUGCUCCGCACUUGUUUCACUCAUUCUUAAGAUCUCGGCAAUUUUCAUAACAUUCGGUGAAAGCAAUGUAUGAAGGUGUAGGAAGGAUUUGAUAGCAAACCACAGUAGAGAAUAACUUCCUCAUGGCCCUAUGUCCUGGUUUAUACUGUGGGAAAACCUACGUAAAUGGUCAACUUAGUGAGUGUGGGGCUUGUCCCCGUGGUUACCAGCCCAAUGCAGUAUCCAUAUGUGAAAUGUGUAAUGAGCUCCCUCCAUUCUAUGACUGUCUGUAUUUAGGAUUCAUGGCCCUCAUACCUUUGAUUCUCCAUUGGUUUUUUGUAGAAUAUAAGAAUCGCAGAUCCAGAAUAUCAUGGACACUAAUACCACUGCAUCUGUCUGCGCUCUUUGAAUGCUUCAUGUCUGCAAUAUUUACUUUACUUAUGUUCGAUCCUAAAGGGAAACUAUCAAUCUGGUCAUGUCCAGUAAAGCGUCUCUCAGACUGGUAUACUCUCUGGUACAACCCAUCAACAAAUUAUGUAGACACUGUUUAUUGUACUCAAGAAAUUGUAUAUCCAUUGUACACAAUAGUUAUCAUCUAUUAUGCAUUUGCACUGGGCCUGAUGCUGCUUAUCCGACCUUUGCUCUCCUACAACUGUGUCAACAAAAAAGGAACCACAUCAAUUUAUGCUGCUCUCUAUUUCUUCCCACUAUUAAUAUGCUUACAGGCAGUAUUUGGUGGUUUGUUAUAUUAUGCUUAUCCAUAUAUUUUGAUAGUGUUGUCUCUAGCAACACAUGCAACACACCUUGCACAUUGUGAAGAGCAGACAGUUUUAGGAUUACUCAAAGAGAAUUUCACCAAAUUGAACAAUUUAGUAAUAAUUAUUGGACAUUGGCUCUUGCAUGCUUAUGGAAUCAUUGCCAUUACUCAGCUGAAGAAACCAGAAAUUCAUGCCUCAUGUUUGAUCCUUACUAUACUUCCAACAUUGUUUUAUAUAGUCACAUCUAAAUUCUCUGAUCCAGUUUUCAUUAACCAAACUUUCAGCAUCUAAUAAUUAACAUGCGAUAAAUUUGUUAGAUUUUUUUUUUUUUUUUCUUUUCUUUUCUUUGUUUCAUUGUGUGCAUGGGGGUGCAUGAGUGUAUGUUUAAUUUAUGGAAUUUCAUGUGAUAUUAUAUUGAUGUUACUAUUUUGAUAAAGAAACAGAUUAUAUUA